CGGUCAUCAACUCGUCUAGGCCCUCUGCUCUUUUCUCCUUUUUCCACGCCACCUGUUGCCUCUUGACUUGGUAUUUAGCAGAUCGACUUGGAGGCUACGUUCUCCAAGGGUUCAGCGUCCUAUCUCAGCAGCUAAAGCGGGAUCUGACAUUCAUACCUGCAAUCAGGCUGCAACUAACCAUUAGCCACUAGGGUGCUUAGGGAUAUCAGAGAUUUGGUACAGAGGUACGGCGGCGUGCAGGCAAAGCCCUAGGUACCUUAAUGAACGCGGGAGAAACAUUUAUGAAACGUCUUUCUAACCCAAAGCCCAACUUCUAAGCCGCCUCGGACUUCAUAUUACUCCGAAUCCGCGACUGGCUAAGCGCAAUGCUUCUUAUUACCUAUCCAAUUCCCAUCUCCAUCCCAAAAAGCAGUCAGCAGUGGAAUCACCUCGCAAAAUGUCGCCUCCAUCACCAGCCGCCCCGACGGCCACAGCCUCCUCCGGAAAGAUCACCCUUACCGGCGCGCAAGAGACCCUCCUCGCGACGCUCUACGGCCGGGCCCUGGACGCGACCGCCAAGCCCAAGCCCGUGCUCGGCGACCGGUGGGCCGCCGACACGGUCCGCCGCAUCGACUACGACUUUGCCGGCCGGACGGGCAUCGGCGCGGCCGAGGCCGCCAGCGUGGCGCUGCGCGCGCGCGCCCUCGACCGCUGGACCGCCGACUUCCUUGCGCGGCACCGCGCCGUCACCGUGGUGCACCUCGCGUGCGGGCUCGACGCGCGCUGCCUACGCGUCGGGCAGGCCGCUGCCGCUGCCGCCGGGCACGACGUUAGAUGGAUAGACGUUGACCUGGAGGAUGUGGUGGAGCUGCGGAGGAAGCUUUUCGCGGGGGUUAUUGACGAGGGCGGAGGCGGCCUGGGCGGCGGCUUGGACUAUGCGCUCGCGGCGGGGUCGGCGGCGGAGCCGGACGCGUGGCUCGGCCAGAUCCCUGCUGACCGGCCGACGCUGGUCGUGUUCGAGGGGCUCACCAUGUAUCUGCGCGAGGAGGAGGGCCGGCGGCUGUUCGAAAGUAUCGUGUGGCGCUUUCGGCCGGUCGGCGGGGAGAUCGCGUGCGACGCGUUCGGCAGCGUCGCGAUCAGGCUGCAGGGGCUCAUCAAGGCUGUCAAGGACUCGGGCUCGGUGCUGCACUGGGCCAUUGACGACCCCAAGCUGCUUGAGACGUGGUGCGACGGGUUGAGGUUGGUUGAAGACCAGCUGACUAUCGAGAUGCCCGGCAUCGAGGAGCUCCCGCUGGUCUCCCGGAUGCAGGCAUGGGCUGUGGCUCGGAUACCGUACCUGAGGGAGGCCGGACGGCUGCUCCGGUACGAAUUUUGAGACUUUAGGGGUCCAAUUCUAUCGCUAUUAAGUCUAUCCCGAGAGUGCAAUAUGAAGCUGGUAUGUUUGACGAGUGGAAUCUUGGAACUUGAGCAGUGGCAUAAUGCCCCUUCUAGGCCAAACUGCUGCGUCCACUCAUGAUACUUGCCGAUCUCGUCCGUAGCGACCG